GUUAAUGGGAAUCAAAGAAAAAGAAACUGAAAGAAAGCAAUUCUCACAAGGCUAUUUAAAACAAACAGUCGCCCUUUAAACUCCGCAGAAAUGCACUUCAUUUUAACACUUGCCUUUCUUGUGGAUUUAUCCUGGGGUCUUCCAAAGGAUAUUGUAAUUAAAUUCGAGCGCAGUGUAUUGGUGAACGGUUCGGUCGAGGAGAGGAUCCUUGUCAACGGUGCAGCUAGAGAGUUCGACGAUCAACCGGUGGUCAGACUAAUUAAAGAUGAAGCCCUGGGGAUGAUCGUGAAGAAUGAGCAUGCAACAUCAAUUAAUGGCACGUAUAUACGCCUGAGAGAAUGCAAGCUGAGAGAAUAUCGCGUUUUGCGACUGUCCGAUCGGUUUCAGCUGAAUGGCAAAGAUUACUUGGCUUUAGAUUCAGUAACUGGGUCGUGGACAGCGUUGGAGCCAGAGGCGCGCAAUCUACAGACAUGGGCGCGUGCAGCUGAAUGUCUAGAGAAAACUCAGCUGAAAGAGGAAUGUGAAGAAUUCAUCAAACUCAUGAAUGACACCCAGAACAAAGAGGGGCUUGGUGUGUUAAGAGUGAUGGCUCUGGUCUUGACCACAUUUCUCUUAAUUGGAUUAGCCUUUAUAAGCCUUCUUAUCUUCAAACGACAUGGUCAACAGCCAGGAGGUGAGAAGUCUCACAUUGUUUACCAAAUGUUGUAAUUGCUGGCUGACAGGAGAUUAAAUAUUGACAUUGGCGUUCUAGGUUCAAUUAUCCACUACCCAGCCCAUUAUCUUGAAGUGCCAUUGGAAGGAUCGAGCCACAAUAACAACCAGUGUUGAAUGGUCCCUACUCAAAGAAUUGAGUCACCAAACCUGCCUCACCACAUUACUGUGGAUUUACUGAUGUAUCUGAGAUUAGAGGUGAUGGAUAGUUUAAUACUGAUACAUAAAGAGAAAGGUCACAGUCACCAAGUCUAGAAGCUUGAGUAUUAUUGUGAUAUGAUAAACAAAGUAUUGUUGCAGAACAGUCUUUCUUUUGUUUUAAAUGGAAUUUUGAAUUUAACAAUGUAAAAUAGCUGCUAUGCUAUACUGUAUACUAUGCAACUGUAUACCAAAAUACUUUGUUCACCAAAUCAAACUUAUUUUGUGUUAUGUGCUCUCUCUCUCUCUCUCUCUCUCUCUCUCUCUCUCUCUCUCUCUCUCUCUCUCUCUCUCUCUCUCUCUCUCUCUCUAUCUCUCUCUCAUGAAGUCAGGCUUCAUUGCAUUUUUUUCUGUAAUAAAGAUGACUAUUAUUGAAAUCAAUAAAACUAAAAUAACA